GACUCAGUUAGCGUGUCACCAUUUGUCCAGUGCGUCGCGAAUUGGGUCAGUGGACAGUGUGUGCAGUGAACGAACGAUUUGUGGUUGGAUUACGUUUGGCAGUGUGGCUGGAGUGUUGGUGGCUAGUUUUGUUAAACUGUCUGAUUGACAAGCGUAGGAUUUAUCGGCGAUUUGCGGCGACGGCGGCAUGUAAAACAUCGAUGACAAGCGCAAAAUGAAAUCGUGAACUUGUCAGUAGCGACCAGCAAUGACGGUGAGUUCACCCUGGAUAAAAACAUACAACAGCGGCCCUCCGGGACUCGAACUGACCGGAUAUCAGGACAUGGAGUCGUCUUACAAGGUGUUCCUCGUCGCCGCCGUGCUGGCCGUGGCCGCCGCCGAUUCUCCGGCUCCGUACCACCCGACUCCGGCUCCGUACCACCCGGCUCCGGCCUACAAGCCGGCUCUCCACCACCCGCAGACCCAGUACAAGGAGGAGGCCAUGCCAUUCGCCUUCGAAUAUGCCGUCAACGACCACUACACCGGCACCAACUUCGCCCGCAACGAGCAGAGCGACGGUCACAACGUGCAGGGCUACUACUCGGUGGUUCUGCCCGACGGCCGUACCCAGCACGUCAAGUACACGGCUGACCACUACGGUGGAUACAACGCCGAGGUCACCUACGAUGGACAGGCCGCCUAUCCCACGCAUCACGCCGCCCCGGCUUACAAGGCUGGUCAUCAUUAAGAUUCUUCUUUUUCCUCCGUGUAAAACUUUAAAUAUCUUUUUUUAUUUAAUAAGAAUGCCGUAAAUAUAU